GUGUGUCGUCACUUCCUUUCCUGACGCAAGUGCCCGGUAAGACUGCUGCACGCCUUUUCUGUAGCCGCACUACAGCAAAACUGGAUUUUACAACAACUCUGAGUGGACAGACACAUCACAGAAUAACUUCUACAAGGACGUAGAUUGACAGCUUCAGUCAGCGAUGUCUCGUUUCUUUGCCACCGGCUCUGACAGCGAGUCAGAGGAGUCCUCAUCUGCCGAUGAGAUCACCCCUAAAGCACCCGGGACCACUUUGAAGCAGUCUUUGCUUCUUAGUGAUGAUGAGGAGGACACUAAAAGAGUGGUGCGCAGCGCCAAAGACAAAAGGUUUGAGGAGCUGACCAACCUCAUAAAGACCAUCCGCAAUGCCAUGAAGAUUCGUGACAUGGCCAAAUGUCUGGAGGAGUUUGAACAGUUAUGUCGAGCUUUCCUCAAAAGCAAGAAUAUAGUGGACAAGGAGGGUGUUCCCUCUUUCUAUAUCCGCCUUUUGGCUGACUUGGAGGACUAUCUGAACCAGCUUUGGGAGGACAAAGAAGGCAAGAAGAAGAUGAACAAAAACAAUGCUAAAGCCCUCAGCACACUCCGUCAAAAGAUCCGCAAGUACAACAGAGACUACGAAACAGAAAUAGCUGCAUACAAGGAGAACCCACAGGAGUCUGCAGAUGAAGAGGAGGAGAAGGAGCCAGAGGAUUCUGGCUCCUCAUCUGACAGCGAUGCAGAGGGAGGUGAUGAAGGAGUGUCGAGCACGUCCUUCUUAAAGAAGAAGCCUGAGGCUGCUUCGGAGGCCAGCAAGUUCCUCAAGUCUGCCAAAGGAUCCGGGGAUGAGUCCUCCUCUAGUGACGACGAUGAUGAUGAUGAAGACUGGGGCUCAGACACCGUUGACAGUGGCAGCGAGAGUUCAGAUGAAGGGAAAGGAAGGAGCGCUUCCCUGGCAAUGGUCUUCCUCCGGAAGACCCAGGAUUCUGACAAACCCAGCGAAAAGAAGCUCGGGAAGAAGAAGAAGCCCAAAAAGAAAGAGCGGCUUGAGGAGGAGCCCGAGGAGGAGGGAGGAGAGGAGGCUGGAGAAGGCUGGGAGAAGGUCAAGGGAGGCGUCCCUCUGGUCAAGGAGAAGCCCAAGAUGUUUGCUAAAGGCACAGAGAUCAACACAGCGGUGGUGGUGAAGAAGCUGAAUGAGAUCCUUCAAGCCAGAGGCAAAAAGGGCACGGACAGAGCUGCUCAGAUUGAGCUGCUUCAUGCUCUGGCAGCCAUCGCUGCUGAGAAUAACUUGGGUCAGGGAAUUCUGGUCAAGAUUAAGUUCAACAUUAUUGCCUCCCUGUACGACUACAACCCCAACUUGGCAGCCUUCAUGAAGCCUGACAUGUGGAAGAAGUGCCUGGAUUGUAUAGAUGAGCUGUUGGACAUCCUCUUUGACAACAACAACCACAUCUUCAUUGGGGAGAACAUUGCAGAGGACAGCGAGAAUCUGGCCAUCUCUGACCAGCCUUUCAGGGUGCGUGGAUGCGUCCUAACGCUGGUAGAGAGGAUGGAUGAAGAGUUUACCAAGAUCAUGCAGAACACUGAUCCCCACUCACAAGAAUAUGUUGACAAUCUCAAAGAUGAGGGACGAGUUUGUGGCAUCGUUGACCGGCUGCUCGCCUACAUGGAGAACAAAGGCAGCACAGAGGAGAUUUGCCGCAUCUACCUGCGCAGAAUCAUGCACACCUACUACAAGUUUGACUACAAAGCUCACAGACGCAGCCUCGGCCUCCAGGGAGAGUCCAAGUCCGAGCAGGACCAGGAGGAGAGCGAGGGGGAGGACAGCGCUGUGAUCAUGGACCGUCUCUGCAAGUUCAUCUACGCCAAGGAUCGUACCGACCGUAUCCGUACUUGCGCUAUCCUCUGCCACAUCUACCAUCACGCUCUGCAUUCACGCUGGUACCAGGCACGCGACCUGAUGCUCAUGAGCCACCUGCAGGACAACAUCCAACACGCUGACCCACCUGUACAGAUCUUGUACAACAGAACUAUGGUCCAACUUGGCAUUUGCGCCUUUAGGCAGGGCAUGAUCAAAGACGCCCACAACGCGCUGUUGGACAUCCAGUCGUCUGGCCGUGCGAAGGAGCUCCUGGGUCAAGGUUUGCUCAUGAGGAACAUGCAGGAGAGAAACGCCGAGCAGGAGAAGAUUGAAAAGAGACGACAAGUGCCGUUCCACAUGCACAUCAACCUGGAGCUGCUGGAGUGCGUCUACCUGGUGUCGGCCAUGCUGUUGGAAAUCCCCUACAUGGCCGCCCACGAGUUUGAUGCCCGUCGCAGAAUGAUCAGCAAACAGUUCCAUCACCAGCUGAGGGUGGGGGAGAGGCAGCCGCUGCUCGGACCUCCAGAGAGCAUGAGGGAACACGUGGUGGCAGCCAGCAAGGCCAUGAAGAUGGGAGACUGGCGGACCUGCCACUCAUUCAUCAUCAAUGAGAAGAUGAACAGUAAAGUCUGGGAUCUGUUCCCUGAGACGCAGAGAGUACGAGAGAUGCUUGUCAGGAAGAUUCAAGAGGAGUCACUGAGGACUUACCUGUUCACGUACAGCAGCGUAUACGACUCCAUCAGCAUGGAGACACUGUCUGAGAUGUUUGAGCUGGAGAUCUCCACAGUUCACAGCAUCAUCAGCAAGAUGAUCAUCAAUGAGGAGCUGAUGGCGUCCCUCGACCAGCCCACACAGACGGUGGUGAUGCACCGCACAGAGCCCACCUCUCUGCAGAACAUGGCUCUGCAGCUGGCAGAGAAACUGGGCAGCUUGGUGGAGAACAACGAGCGCGUCUUCGACCUCAAACAGGGCGUCUAUGGAGGCUACUUCAACAGAGAUCAGAAAGGUGGCUACCAACAGAAGCAGUCGUACCAGAGAGGUACGUUAAAUCAGAAAGGCGGCUACCAGCAGAAGCAGGGAGGCUACCAGCGAGGCGGCUACAGGAACCAGAACCAAAGCAACUACUGAGCUUGAAGUGGAUUUCAGUUUGGCCUCCUGAACUAGUCGUCAUUCCAUUACAACAUCAGCAACAGCCUGGGUCUUCCUCAUCAAAACUGUUUUUCACCGACCCUGAAGCCGCCGCUUAGCGUGUUAUUUCAGAACUACCAACUUCUGUGGAUCGACAUGAAGAAUUUUAUUAUUACUAAAAAAAGCAUUGGCUUGUGGGAGUGCAGUCAGAUGACAGACAUGUCGAGUUAUUAACAAAUAAAAGUUAUUAAACAGUG